UUGUGCACGGAGGGAGAUGCUCACAAUGGAGCAAAUAGAGGCAGCCUUGUACAAGAGGAUGAAGAUAUCUGAGAAUUUAAAUGAGAAGCAGAUGGAAAGAAUGGAGGGAGUGGGGGGAGAUCUCACCAUGGCCAGAGAACAACAGAGGGAGCACAUCCUCAAGUGGUUUGUGGAGACUCAGGCUGUGCUCAUUCUGUGUGAUGGAAGUUUUCCACCUUGGUUCCAAGGCUUCAUCUCCAGACAAGAAGCAGAAGAUCAGCUCCAAGACAAGAAUGUUGGUUGCUUCCUUAUCAGACUAAGUGAAAAAUCCAUUGCAUAUAUUCUUUCAUACAAAGGACAGGAUCGUUGUCGUCACUUUGUGAUAAAUCCAACUGAUACUGGCCUGUUCGUCGUCUCUGGUGAUUCUACCACUCAUAACAGUCUCACAGAGCUGAUCAAUCACUUUAAAACCACACCGAUCCAGCCUUUUGGAGAGUACCUAACUUCGUACGACACAGACGUGGACAUGGACUCUGUUGAAGAGGACACCAAAAACGAGCUUUAUGACGUGGUUCAACAUAAACCCAGAUUUAAAGCGGGUGUUAGCGUUAAGGCUCUAAGAAGUUUAUGGGAACAAACUAGCAAUGUCCGGCAUGGCACGCCUCCUGUUCUGUAUUCUAAAAGUGGCCGGAAACUCGCAAUCUCCACCUCUGUUGACAGGAACAUCCUUUCCCAGGGUACAAAAGUUCCACCAGUGCCAAAGAAGAAUACACGACUUCGGAAUUCCUUAAGCGCUGGUUUUCCUGGUACAAAUCCAUCACAAGAACAACACAGCUUUUCAGAAUCAAGGACAUCUGGAAGGUCAGGUGGUGAUGAGAGCAUAAAUGGCAGGAAAAGUGAUACCUUGGACACAGAGCGCUACAACUCUCAAUUAACAUUGCCUCUCCACGAAGAAAACAAUCAGUCUUCAACCUCUAAUUCUUGUAACAUUAUGGCCUCCAACCUUCAACGACCUCCUUUAGUUCCACCCAAAACAGCCUCCUGCUCUUAUGCUGUCCUCGACUUGAAAAAACACCAUAGUGGUGGUGACCGAGUGCCAUAUACUGACAAAGAAGCCCUGCAGCUCAACCCACUCUACCAGACCGCAUCUGUGGUGUGCGCUGGGCAGCAGGACCAGCCCGGGCAAGAGUAUGACAACCGUAUAAAGCUCAUCGACAGCAUCCUUUUAGCAGAAAUACCCUAUCAAGACAUACCUGAACAACGUGACAGUAAUACCUAUGAACACAUAGCUGAGAGCAACACCUAUGAGGACAUCCGAGUGACUGACAGCAACACAUACGAGAGUUUGGAUGAGAUGCAUCCAAACUCACAGAGCAUCUUGGGAAAGAAGAAUCAUAAGUGGUGGAAACUUCGACUGGAGAAUAAGAAGCAAUAGUCAUCUGGUGAAUGUAAAAGCUGAGAAAAAUAUUUCAUUUGAUGUUUUAUUGUUUUGCUACACGAUUAAUUUUUAGAUAUAUAUUAAGUCAUAAUUUUCAUGUUGUUGUAUAUAACUUCAGUAUAGCAUGGUUUCUACAGAAACAAAAUACUGAAAAUUUUUAUGCAAAUACAAAGGUACAAUGAGAUGGUUAUGAUAAAACAUAUUUUGAAAAUGUAUUUGGACACCUGCUCUGAUUAUAUCUAUUGUUAUCACUGAAUGUACCACUAUUUUCCCAGGACUUUAUCUUUCAGUGUAGAUCAGUCCAGUGUAAUUCACUAUUUUGUAAUUAGUAUAGUGUUCACAGACUGUCAUGUUUAAACAUAGAGUUUAUGCAACCCCAAUUCAGCAAUCCACACUAUUUGUAUGAUACAACAGUCUUUCUCUGCACAUCUGAACCCAUAAUACUGCACAGCAUAACUGAAUAAAGCAUGGAGACAUUAUACAAUAA